AUGGGGGUCUUCCUCCUGCUCCUGGGGGCCACUGUCGUCGGCGGCCUGCACUUUUUGCACACGACCACACCUCCACCAGGGGAGUUCAACGCGGCGGCGCUGGGCUCGCCCCUGCGCCAGGACCUGGACCAGCAGCUGCAGCAGCGCGAGCACCGGUUCAACUGGACCGGCGUGCCCGACUGCGUGAGGCACCACCUCCGGCGGUUCACAGUAAGCCAGCUCCUGCUCGAGGCCGCCAUCGACCCGCCCGUGGCGCGUCCGCCCGCCACACCCGAGGGCUGGACCAGGUCCGACCUGGGCUACGGCACCAACCGCAUGUUUCUGGUGAGCUACGACAAGUUCAAGCACCGCCAGCAGCUGCUUGUCGACCAGCUGCGGCCCUACGAGGUGGAGAGCUCGGGGCUGCUCACGCUCUGGGAGGCGCCCUACCUUGAUGUCGCCCUGAUCGGCAGCGACGCCGAGCUGAUCCGCUGCUUUUGGCCCAAACGCGCGCCGCAGCCGCCCAAAGCCUACGUCAAGUUCAAGAACGGCUCCUACCCGGCCGACUUCUCUAUCUCCAAGCGCGAGAUCUCCCUGUCGCUCAAGCACAUGACGGCCUACUACUACUCGUUGGUGUUCGACCUGCUGCCCGUCUCGGUGAUCGAAGACGACGCGAUCGUCAACGCGACGCACGCACACGUCUGGCCGGCGGCCUUUCGAUCGGCACCAAAAGACUGGGCUCUCAUAUUGGCCGGCUGGUGCCUCGCCCGCUCCGUACCACCCGAGUACGGGGACUACCUGGCCGGCAGGAGGGGCAGGAAGCAGCCCCCGCUGUGCAGUUACGGCUAUAUGAUAAGUGCGAUCGGAGUCAUGGGGAUGUUUCGAGCGGUGGGGUCGGGGGUGAUACGAGCGAUCGAUCUGCAGUACGAGUACGUGUGCAGACACCAGGGAGUGGGGUGCUACUAUAUGGACCCCCGACCGAUCGGCCACCAAGUGGCGCACGACGAGCCCGAUGCUCUCGGCCACCACCGCAACAAAUACGACAAACGCUGA